AAUUAGCUAGGAGGAUCAGAAAGACCACUGAAAGACAAUCAAGAAUACUGGGAAAGUUAUUUGAAGGUAAUCAAGAAAUCAUCAAAUAAUUAUGGCAUUAUUUUAGUCACUCUUUCAGUUUAAACUUUACUUUUUUACAGGAGAGAGGCUGACAAUCACUGACCUGAGGAUUGUACUGCUUGGCAGAGAGGAAUCUGGGAAGAGUAUGGCAGGAAACAACAUCCUUUUUGAAGAGAUAUUUGAGAGAGUUUGGGUGAAGAAGGAAUUCGAGGACCAGAGAAGAACAGAAAAGUGUGUAAAGCAUGAAGGAAAUUUAGGUGGAAUAAAUGUUGCAGUCGUUGAGACUCCAGGCUGGCCUGCAGACACGACGGCUCCUGUCUGGCUAAAAGAAGAAGUUCUCCGCAGCGUCUCCAUGUGCGCUCCAGGCCCUCAUGUUUUUCUCUUGGUUGUUCCCAUUUCCAAAGCAUUCACAGAGGAAGACCACAAAGCACUGGUUGAGCUGUUGAUGCCCUUUGGAGAGAGAGUGUGGAGACAUUGCAUGGUGUUGUUCACCUGGGGAGACUGGCUGAAUGACAGACUCAUUGAGGAGCACAUUGCAGGAGAGGGGAAAAGCCUCCAGUGGCUGGUGGAAAAGUGUGGGUACAGAUACCAUGUCCUCAACUGCCAUGGUUUGGGUUAUCAUUUUCCUGUCAAACUGCUCUUCCCAAAAAUAAUCGAUUUGAUCACACGGAACAAGGAACAAUGCUUCACUGCUGAAAGCAAACAAGGGAAAAAACAGCCUGUGCUGACAGAAGAAGAGUGGAACAGGAGGGAGCAAGAGCUGAUAGACCGAAUGUUGAGAGCUGUUGUAAAUGAACCAGAAGAGCCAACACAACCAUUUGUGAAGCGAGGAGCCAGCUUGGAUGGAGUUUUCAUUCCAAGCAUGAGCGGAGACGCUCCCUCCGAGUUUGGGAACAUGUCAGAACUUUUUAAUCAAAGAGCACGUGCCAAAGUGUCUGAAUGGCUGAAGACCAGAGCUGGAAACUCUGAUGUCACCUCGGGGAUUGGCAGCAUGAGCGCCUCAGCCAGUCAUGUGGAUGAAAGUCCUCUGCCUGAUGAAAACGAUUAACCAGCAAGUUCUGUGAAACAUUAAAUAAUUUGAAAAUAAUAAUAAUAAUUUGAAUUCACACAUUCUUGUUAAAAACAGAAACACAUGAUAAUCUGAUCUUUUUUCCAAUAUCAGAAUCAGAGAGACUUUAUUUAUCCCGAAGGGGCAAUUAAGAUAAAUAUUAAAUAUUGUUUUUUGGAUUUAAUAGUGCAUGCCCAGCCACUUGGGUUGGCACACUGUAUUUUUAUGAAAAAAAUAAAGUCCUGCUAAUUUAAUAUUUACAUUUUUGUUCUCUUACUCUUAUCAUUUUUCACAAUAAAAUGGGGAAUUGACCCAUUUAAAAACAAUGUUAAUGUUUGUAAAUAAAGAAAUAUUACAUUUAUUAAUCAUGUAAAUUCCCUGCACCUGUCACAGACAUGAAGGUCAAGUGUUGAACGUCAUAUUGACGUCCAGGUUGGGUCAUGGUUGGAUGUUCAAAUUGUGGACCAAGUUUGGACGUGUAUCGAUGCCCAGAAUUGGUCAUGGACCGAUGGACCUAAUACAGACAUGCUCUGCCCAUGUAUCUGACGUCCAAUGUUUUGUGGGUACAGGUUACGAAAUUUUCUCAAAGUAAAGCAAGUCAAAAUAAUCGUUGUAGUGGGAAAAGAAUCACAGCUCACGAACAUUUCUGUCACUUCAAUGUUCUGUUGUUGCUCUGAGGUUUACUGCUUUUUGUGGAUUUAAAUUAAUUAAAUUAAAAUAAUCUCUGCUACAUUUUAUGUAACCUAACUGUGACAUGAACACCAAAGCAACUGUGCACCAACACAGUGCAUUAUUGUAGAUUCAUCACAGUGACAAUCUAACAUGUUUAUCCUGCACUAAACUGCUGAGUGUUGUCAUGGAACAUCUGAAUAACAAAAACUAAGUACACACUUUGUUUUGUUUUGCUGGGUAUAUCACAAUAUAUAAAAAGCUGAACUUCACAUCAUACACAACCAAUAUCUUAUUUAAAAAAUAAACACAUUACAUGUAAGCUUCAAAUUUCCUUUUUAUCAAAUGUCCCCGAGUAGUCCUUACCUUUAAAAAUAACCUCUCUUCUUCUUCUGUUCUGCCUUUCUCAUGUUUCCCCAUCUCUGAGUGAACAGCUCUCAUUUCUUUCUUCCCUGUGAAAUAAAACACCUGUACCUGUACCUGUGUGACACAGAAACAAUUUGUGUGUUUGCUGAUAUUUGUUGAGCUUACAUAAACACUGCAUUUGAAAUUAUCUGCCAUUAAAAAAAGAACAAACAAAAAACCUUCUUACUCCCUUUAUACUCGCUCCUCUUCUGUAGGGCUAGCUUAAUGCUGAAGUACUGCAAACACACUGCAUAAACUACCUUUUUGCCUCCUUCAUUCCUUUGUAUGCAAUAAGCACUGGUGAUGGAUACACCAGUAGAAUGGUCUUUAUAUAUCUUUGUUCUAUUUUGUUAGUCCCAUAUUUAUUGGUUUGAAGGCCCACAGUGGUUUGAAAUAAUACUUCCCCCAAAUGUGUUAAGUAACAAGCCUGUUUUGAAAGUGUAAAGAGUAGAAAGGUCAGAUAUUUUUGUAAAAAUUGAGUAAAAGUAAAAGGUUUCAGAAAAAUAAGUACUACAGAUACCAGAAUAUUGUAUUUAAUUACAGUAAUGAUGUUUUUGUCUGUGAAGGUUCUCAGUCAUCCAGGUCAUCGUA